CCCUGAUUCCCAAAUUAAAAGGAAAGUUGGACAUUCUCUCUCUCUCUUCUCAACCGCGAAACCCUAAAACUUUCAUCUUUUCACCAGCAGGAGGAGGAGGUGGAGGAGAGAGUCAUUUAUAAUCAGUAUCACCGCCCAGGUAUCUCUCGAUCGCCCAUGUCGAAAAGAAUCCUUUGUAAAUUCUUUGCUCACGGCGCAUGCUUGAAAGGGGACCACUGUGAAUUUUCACAUGACUGGAAGGAUCCUACAAAUAAUAUUUGCACCUUCUACCAGCGAGGAAUCUGCUCUUAUGGAAGUCGAUGCAGGCACGGACAUGUCAAAGCUUCUCGGCCUCAUCCAUCUGCUUCCUCGUCCUCUCGGUCAUCUCCUGCUUCAGCUUCCAACCCUCUUACCUGUGCUUUUCUUCCUGGUGUCUCGGAUAGAGAUCUGAUCCCAGUUCCCUCAUCAUCUUUAAAACCUACUUGGAAUUUGGAUUCCCUUCACCAGGAUCCCUUAGACGAGGUCAACAACACCUUCAACCCUGGUACAGCCAAACCAGAAGAACAACCCAUUUGUUCAUACGCUGCAGCUGGUGAUUGCCCUCGUGGGGAUGAAUGCCCUCACAUCCAUGGAAAUAUUUGCCUUACUUGUGGGAAAUGUUGCUUGCAUCCUUUCAGACUCGAUGAGCGAGAGGAGCACAAGAAAGUAUGUGAAAAAAAGCAUAAGCAGCUGGAAGCAUUAAAACUUAGCCAGGAGAUCGAGUGUUGUGUCUGUUUGGAACGUGUUUUGUCUAAGCCGACCCCAGCUGAACGGAAGUUCGGGUUACUCACUGAAUGUGAUCAUGCUUUCUGCAUAGCAUGUAUCAGGAAUUGGCGCAGCAGUUCUCCUUCCACUGGAAUGGAUGUCAACAGCACUCUCAGGGCUUGCCCCAUAUGCCGCAAGUUAUCAUAUUUUGUUGUCCCUAGUGUAAUCUGGUUUUCAGCUCCCGAAGAGAAAAAAGAAAUUAUGGAUAACUACAGGGAAAAGCUCAGGUCAAUCGACUGUAAGCACUUCAAUUUUGGAGAUGGGAAUUGUCCGUUUGGCACCAGUUGCUUCUAUAAGCAUGCUUAUCAUGAUGGUCGUUUGGAGGAAGUGUUUCUGCGACAUCUGGAUGCAGAAGAUGGGCAGACUGUGAUAGCAAAAGAUAUAAGGUAUUGGUGCCUUCAACUUGUACCACUAGGUUCUUCUUCCAAUCGGUUUCAGCUUAUCUCUGGAUGGUUAUUUGUCUUUAUAGGUUGUCUGACUUCCUUGAGAACAUGCACAUAUGAACUAAGGCAAAGGUUUUUGUGAUAACAACUUUUCUUUUCUCUCCCUUGGUAUUUCUCAUUCAUUGUAACAAUUUGACUCGAUUUGGAAGAUUACAUCUUAGACCCCGAUGCUUUAUGACUUGUGAUAGUAGGGAAUCAUUUAUAUUAAUUCUGCAUCUCUAACAAUUAUCAGUUACUGCAAAUCAGGGCACAUGAACGUUACUGAUGUAAUGUGGGGCUAAAAAUAUAUCAAAAUCUGUUGGCUUGCUUCGCCAUCUUUCUACUA